UCCCUCCCUCCCCCCUCUUCCCCUCCCCCCUCGCCUCCGCGCCGCCCGCACCGCUGCCCCGCCGCGGCCCCUGAGCUCCGUGGCCCCCUGCGGGCCCGUGGGAUGAUUGACAGACAUGUUCGGCGGCGGAGGCGUCCCGGGAGGCGGGGGGCAGCAGCCCCCCUUCAUGAUGUUCAACCCGGGGGUCCAGUUCGGGGCCGGAGGAGGGCAGGGAGGCGACAUGGGCGGCAUGCCCUUCAACCUCCCCGCGUUCUUCGCUAACGCUCAGUUUAACGGCAUGGGCUUCCCGGGCCAGGGCUUUCCGUUCGAGCAGCCCCAGGAGCAGCAGGCCGACAAGCGACACCAUCCCACGGCGGCCUCGACUCUGAGGACGCUGCCGCGGGUGAAGGUGACCGCGCACGACCUCGCCGCGAACGAGGGCACCGAGUGCUCCAUCUGCCUGGACGAGCUCGUGCUGGGCGAGUCGGCGCUCCGCAUUCCCUGCGGCCAUCUCUUCCACGAGGAGUGCGUGAAGGA